GUACAUUCCUGGACUGACACAUUUAGCGGUCUGAGCAAGAGUAGUAGUGCAGAAAAGUUUCUUUUUCAACAGGAUCAGAAACUCUUUGCCCGCAGUUCCCGUGAAUCCAACACAGAGAAAGAUGCCAGGUGAGAGGCUGACAGCAAGAGACACCUCAGACGUGGGGCGGUUCCCUGGUGCGUCUCCACCCACCAGGGUGGAGCUGUCCAUUCAGAAGGAAGGAGAAAAGAAGCAGGAAGAGAGUGCUUGCUGCCGCUGGUUCAGGAAAAUAUGCCCGUGCUGCUGCAAGCGCCAGAACAGCACUUCCUAUGACGUCACAGAUAGAGUGGAGCUGGUCAAACCCCCCAAACCCCCGGCCCCCAUCCCGGACCACGAUGGGUCCAAGCCGGCGAAUGGGGAUUCUAAAGAAUUGGAAGUGGUGAAGUUGUCGGUGAGUUCUGUGGACCUGCUGAGCUCUAAAACGGGUCGGAACAGGCAGGAGCACCACACUGACCUGUACCACGGGGAUGAGAUGAUCGUCCGCAGAGGACAACCUUUCCAGAUAGAGCUGGAGUUCAACAGGCCCUUCAGUGCGGACUCAGACAAGCUGCAUCUGGACCUGAGAACAGGUCCACUGCCUCUGGUGUCCAAAGGCACCCAUGUCAUCAUUCCACGGGUGGAUGACCUGGACGAUAAAAGCUGGGGGGCCAAGAUUGCAGAGCAAAGCGGCAACAAGACUCGCUUGUCUGUCAACUCUCCGGCCAAUGCUGUGAUUGGCCUUUACGGUCUGACAGUCACGUCAGGCUCCCUAAAGGAGGAAAGUCCAAGUACUUACACCUGCAGCAAGAACAUUGUCCUGCUCUUCAACCCCUGGUGUAUCGAGGACGCCGUGUUUCUGGAUGAUGAAGAGGAGAGGAAGGAGUAUGUUUUGAAUGACACCGGGAGAAUUUAUUAUGGAACGGAGAAGCAAAUCGGCGCCCGGACGUGGAAUUUCGGGCAGUUUCAAGAGGGAAUUCUGGAAGCGUGUCUGUUCAUUCUGGAAAGAAGUGACAUCCCGCCAUCCGGUCGGGGGGAUCCUGUCAAUGUGGUCAGGGUCCUAUCAGCCAUGAUCAAUUUUCAAGAUGACUUUGGGGUUCUGAUUGGAAACUGGUCAGGGAAUUACUCCAAUGGGGUGUCUCCGGCGGCGUGGAGCAGCAGCGUGGAGAUCCUGAGGAAAUACCACUCCUCCAACGGAAUGCCCGUGUCAUAUGGCCAAUGCUGGGUCUUUUCUGGGAUCACCACGUCAGUACUCCGCUGUCUUGGCAUACCCACUCGCAGUGUGACCAACUUCCAGUCUGCCCACGACACGGAUGUUUCCCUCACCAACGACGUCUACUUCGAUGAGAAUCUGGAGCCCAUCGACUACCUCAACAGCGACUCUGUGUGGAAUUUCCAUGUAUGGAACGACUGCUGGAUGGCCAGGCCAGACCUUCCAGACGGUCACGGGGGUUGGCAAGCUAUCGACUCCACCCCCCAGGAGACGAGCCAGGGGACCUUCCGCUGUGGCCCCGCCUCCGUCACGGCCAUACGCUCUGGCCAGGUGUACCUCAAACACGACACGCCUUUUGUCUUUGCUGAGGUCAACAGUGAUAAGAUCUACUGGCAAAGGAAUUUAGACGGUACGUUCACGCAGUUCCACAUCGAGAAGAAGGUGGUGGGCCACUGCAUCAGCACGAAAGCAGUCGGUUCUGAUGAGCGAGCGGACAUCACUCAUCUGUACAAACAUCAAGAAGGUUCUGAAGAAGAACGCAUCGCUGUAGAGACGGCAAGUCGUUACGGCAGCAAGCCAGACGUUUACUCUGUGCCCUUGGCAGAAGACGUCAGCGUGGAGGUGAAGAUGGAGGGAGAGGGGCCCAGGAUGGGGGCGGACGCCCACUUGAGCAUCGUGGUGAAGAACUCGAGCUCCCAGCCCCGUCGGACCACCCUGCACAGCCAGGUGGCCGUCAUGUACUACACCGGUGUUGUGAAGAGCACCAUCAAGAAGGAGCAGAUGCCUGUGGAGCUUUCACCUCAUGAAGAGAAAACCAUUGAGUGGGUCUUGCCUUACCACGAAUACCAAAACCAGCUGGUGGAUCAGGCUGCACUCAUGCUGACUCUGUCGGGAAGAGUCAACGAGACCAAGCAGGUUCUGGCCAACCAAAGCACCUUCCGGCUCCGGACACCCAACCUCAACAUCAUGCCGUUGGGAAAAGCUGUGGUCGGCCAGGAAAUGGGGGCCAAGAUCAUAUUCACCAACCCCCUACCAAGGACGCUAAAGGACGUGGUUUUCAGAGUGGAAGGUCUGGGUCUGCAGAAAGGCCACGAAGUGGUUGUGGGGGACGUCAGCGGUCACUCCACCGUGACCCUGACGGAACACUUCAUCCCGACCCAGCCGGGGGCCAGGAAGCUGGUGGCAUCCCUGGACUGCAAGCAGCUCACACAAGUACACGGAGUGGCUGACAUUGUUGUUCUGGAGCAGUGAUCGUUAUGGAUUACUACAUGGAUUAUUCUUAUGUAGACUUUUUGUACUGAUGCAUAUUACUAUUAUUAUUAUUAUUAUUAUAUGCAGCUAUGAGGGGCAUUAUCAGUAUUAUUGGGGGCGGUGUGGGGGGGUGCUUAAACACAGCAUUUAAAGUAUUCUUAUGAUGAAUUUAUUCAUCACAGUAAGCACCACUGAAAAAAAAAACAUGUCAUUUUUACACUGUAUCGUGCUUACGUAGACUUUUAUAUAAGAUAUCACACAAGGCAGCAAGGAAUGUUUGGUCACCUUUUUUUUUUUACUACAUUUGAAUGUAAACAGUUUUUUUAUAAGUGGACAUGAUUGUUGUUGUUGUGUGUGUGUGUGUGUGUGUGUGUGUGUGUACACUAACAUUGAAGUACUCUCGUAUAACAAUCACAAUGGAAAACACUGACACUUACUCAGCACUCACUAUUAAAAUGUGAAGGACAACUAUUUAUUUGCUUGGAAUGUGUGACCUCUGACCCCAACAAGAGUGUAACUGAACACUGAAAUGUUGCACAAGAUGUUACCCCCCCCCUCCCACACACACACAUACACAUAUCAUGCACCGAGCAAGUAUUUACUAUAAUAAGACACAAGUAAUAAGCUCCACCUGUUCCCAUAAAGAUAUAAGUUUAAUUUUUAUGUAACUUUUAUGUAACUAAAGAUAGCUGGGAUAGGCUCCAGCAUACCCGCGACCGACCCUAGUGAGGAUAAGGGGCAUAGAAAAUGUUUCCGUUAUACACUUUUUUUAAAAAUAAGAAAGCGCGGGUUUGUGGCCUUCGAUGCCCUUCUGCCCUAGUGGGGUAUGGUCUUCCGCUGGUCUCGGGGGUGCGGCUCUCCGCCGGCCUGCUGGCGCCCUGUUGCCGGUUGGGAUUGCUCCUCCAUGGCCUCUGG